AUGGCAAAGAAAGAAGUAGUUGUAUCUGCAGGUGCUAUAAAUUCUCCAAAGCUACUAAUGCUUUAUGGAAUAGGCUCAUCUUAUGAGCUUCAGAAACAUGGUAUCCAUGCAAUACAAAAUUUCGCCGUCGGUCAUAAUCUUCAAGAUCACGUGACGUUCAAGGGAAUACCUAGGGGUGCACCUGUAAUUCAAGCAAGAUAUUUUACAGCGGAUUUAGACAUGAAAGUAAUGCUUGAAGGUGUCCGAAUGAGCCUUGGAUUAUUUAAUAUUCCAGCGUUUAAGCAAAAUAACUUCAAGCUCAAUGAAACGCCUUUGUCUGCUUGUGCUGCAUUCCAAUUCAAUACCAAAGCAUAUUGUAAACAUGGUAUCCAUGUAAUACAAAAUUUAGCUGUCGGUCAUAAUCUUCAAGAUCACGUGACUGUCAAGGGAAUACCUUGCCAGGUUAGAGACGGAAGUCCUUUUUGCCCACAAAGGCUAGAUGAUUUGAAUUAUUAUCUCUCAACGCAUAGAGGUCCAUAUUCUACAACAGGUGUCUCUACUAUUACUGCUUUUUUUAGAACCAGGUAUGCAACAAGUACGAGAGUACCGGAUAUGCAAUUACAUUUUCUAGCUGAUGGUGGCAAUCCUGUUUAUUACAAUCAAUUUUUUAUUUUGCCAACUCUAUUAAAACCAAAAAGUAGGGGUUUUAUUAAACUCAAUGACACUGAUCCAAUAUGGGGUGCACCUGUAAUUAAAGCAAGAUAUUUCACAGCGGAUUUAGACAUGAAAGUAAUGCUUGAAGGUGUCCGAAUUAGCCUUGGAUUAUUUAAUACUCCAGCGUUUAAGCAAAAUAACUUCAGGCUAAAUGAAACACCUUUGCCUGCUUGUGCUGCAUUCCAAUUCAAUACUGAAGCAUAUUGGAUAUGUGUAAUAAGACAAUAUACUCAAACUUUAUAUCAUCCUGCUGGGACUUGCAAAAUGGGUCCUAACGAAGAUCCAGAAGCUGUUGUUGAUCCUACAUUACGUGUUCGUGGUAUUAAAAAUUUAAGAGUAAUUGAUGCUUCUGUCAUGCCGGAUGUUGUUAGAGGAAACACUAAUGCUCCUGUUAUUAUGAUUGCCGAAAAAGCGAGUGAUAUGGUAAAAGGACAUUGGUAUAAACAUAAAUAUGCUUUGUUUACUUGA